CCAUUUUUGAUUCUGACAGCUCCGCGGCGGAAGCAGUAGGUCAUCCGGGUACUUCACGUUGUGCACGCAACCAAAUAGCAGUUGUAGGAACACGACGCAUGUGAGUAGUUACUGGGACACCAAGGAGACGAGUACACGUGAACUUCCAAUUUGACAGUGAAAUUAUGACCCGCUGGGCAAGAGCCAAAAAUGUCCAUAAACACAAAUCAACAGAUGCUGCAUCAUGGAGCCAACUAAGGGCAGGCAUAGCAGGUAGAGGGAACUCUUCAGACAACCUUUUACAGGAUGAUGCAUCACACUGUUGCCCUGAUGGAAAGAGAGCUAACAAAAAUAGACAACUUGACAAGAAUGGGUUCAUGGAUUAUAUGAAGCACAAGAGGCAACCAUUACCUAAAGGACGACGAGGAAUGGCCACAGAGGAGCAGGACAUAAGAGAAGUAGUAGCAAUAGCUCUCAAAAAAAACAAAAGAAGAGAAAAUCGGAGGAUAAAGAGACAGGAUGCUACAAAGAGCAACAUGGUGUGCUUUAACUGUAGGAAGCCUGGCCAUGGAUUGGCUGACUGCCCAAAAGCUGAUGAUGAGGAAAUGGGUAGAGGGAUCUGCUUUCGUUGUGGAUCUACAGAACAUGUGAUCCAGAGGUGCAGAGCUAAAGUAGACCCUGCUAUGGGUGAUUAUCCAUAUGCCACAUGCUUCAUUUGUGGAAAGACUGGUCACCUAUCCAGAUCUUGCCCGGAUAACCCAAAAGGACUUUAUGCUGCAGGUGGCUGUUGUCGAAUUUGUGGUUCAGUAGAACACUUCCAGAAGGACUGCCCAGACCAUCAGACCUCAACAAAUUCCAUCACACUUGGUCGCCUGUCCAACCAGAUCAGUGCUGAUCAUGAGGAUGUCAACGUUCCUGUGACGCAAGUGUCACUCAAGAAAGUCAAGGUGGUGGUGUACUGAGCAGAGCCAAUCAAGUCUGAAAUAUUUGGCUCUGUUUUAUGAGAAAAUCAAAGUUUUUUUUGGAGGAGAUUUUUCAGGUAUUAUGUAUACUCUCCAGCCACUUUAAUGGAAAAACAUGUACAUGUGCACAUUCAUUCAGUUAUCCAAUCAGCCAGUCAUAUGGCAGCAGCAGUCUGAUUGUUAUGUGUGAAACAACCCAGGAGAUGAUCAGUCUCUGAAAUACUCAAACCAGCCCAUCCAGCACCAACAACCAUGCCACAGCUGGUCACUGAGAUGAUAUUUUUCUCUGUUCUAAUGUUUGUUGUUUACAUUAAAUGUUGCUCUUGAUCUGUAUCCACAUGAUUUAAUGCACUGCACUGCUGUCCUUUGAUUACCUUAUUGGACCAUUUCAUGCAUAAGCAAGUGAGCAGAUUUUACUAUUAAAGUGGCCAGUGAGUAUAUAUGACCUAUAGAUAUGACAGAUGUCAUAUGACAGAUGACAGAUAUGACAGUUAGUGCCUACCAGUCUCCUUCUCUCACCCCCGACCUCUCAGGUCUUGUUUAGCUUACCUGUCAAUUUUCACUGUCAACUUCAAUUGUAAUUUAACAUAAAAUUUAUAUUGACAAUUACAUGUACAAAUAUAUUUACUUCUUUAAAAAGCUUUUUUGUGAUAAAGAUCUACGUUAAAUCAGUGUUUCAGCUUCAUUAAACCUAUGAUGCUCCUUAUAAUUCCUGGACAUAUGAAUGAUUCAGAAUACUUCAAUUAAAGAUCUGUCUCAAACAAAUAA